AUGUGGUCUAAAUAUUGCGAUCUUAAUCAUUCGGUUUGUAACAUAAAUAGCGAUGGUUACGUGUACAAACACGGUCGACUUAUAGGGUACCCCAGUUGGUUUAUCAUCGAAGAAUACGAUAAACGCCACAUAGAGUGUAGGGUCAUCGAAGUCGGUCUGGAUGCCAAUGCCAAAGAAGAAUGUACUCGUAGAACUUUGGUACCGGACAUCAUUUUAUCACCUUACAUCGAUCGUUGGGAGACUAAACCACCCACCAUUACCAUCGAUGGAGAAUUUGUUUCGACGGUUUAUACUGCACUCAAAGAUUUAAUGGAAAGUGGUGUAGGUACCAAAGAUGCAAUCGAUCACAGUUUGGGAAGAUGUAUAAUCAAGUCAUCCGAGCCUCCUUGUAAACAGGUGGAUGGCAACAAGAAAAUAUUUAGUCUUCCUUCGACUAAACGUUUUCUUUUCGCUCACUCAGAAAGACGAUAUACACCGAACGUCUUCAAGCCUUUGGCCCGUGGGGAUCGCAUACAAAAGAAAGACGAUAUACACCGAACGUCUUCAAGCCUUUGGCCCGUGGGGAUCGCAUACAAAAGAAAGACGAUAUACACCGAACGUCUUCAAGCCUUUGGCCCGUGGGGAUCGCAUACAAAAGAAAGACGAUAUACACCGAACGUCUUCAAGCCUUUGGCCCGUGGGGAUCGCAUACAAAAGAAAGACGAUAUACACCGAACGUCUUCAAGCCUUUGGCCCGUGGGGAUCGCAUACAAAAGAAAGACGAUAUACACCGAACGUCUUCAAGCCUUUGGCCCGUGGGGAUCGCAUACAAAAGAAAGACGAUAUACACCGAACGUCUUCAAGCCUUUGGCCCGUGGGGAUCGCAUACAAAAGAAAGACGAUAUACACCGAACGUCUUCAAGCCUUUGGCCCGUGGGGAUCGCAUACAAAAGAAAGACGAUAUACACCGAACGUCUUCAAGCCUUUGGCCCGUGGGGAUCGCAUACAAAAGAAAGACGAUAUACACCGAACGUCUUCAAGCCUUUGGCCCGUGGGGAUCGCAUACAAAAGAAUAUAGUUCCCGGAGACAUCCUGGCACUCCCCUACAGUGUCACCUUCCCGCCAAACGGUUGCCCUAACAAAAUCGAAAAGCUAGAGAGACAAACGGUCUUAAAACCGAACAUCUAAAUAUAUACACGCGAAGAAACAACAACAACAACAACCGCGUCCCUGCCUAGCCGCAAGAAGCUAUGGAAACUGUAGGCACCUAAUCUCGAGGCGGCCGCGACAUCCUGUAUGGGAAAGAGUGGUAAGGCCCCGAGUGGGGGGAUAAAAAUAGAAGGCAGCGGCAUCUCACCAACAGACCGUUGACGCAGGAGCAGGACGUUCCAAGGGCAGGCUUAGGAGAUUUCUUGA